AUGAAGAUGAAACUGAUGAAGAUUGAAAUUAAGCAACAACAGAAUGAUCCCGCUGGCAGCCAUAACUCGGGUAACGUCGUCGACGAGGAAUUUUAUGAGAUUGCCAUUACCGGUGAUGAAGUUGCGUCUGACAGCGAAACAGAAAGUACAACUUCUUUAUCCAACGACGCUAGCGCACAUGCAAACUCAUGUUUGUAUCCUAACGUGCGAAAUUCUCUUGGAAGUAUGAAUGUAAAAUGUAAAGAUUGUGGAGCUUUGCACUUCAUGGACGAGAGACUCACCAAAUCUUCCCCCAAGAACCCACUGUUUGGAUCCUGCUGUUUGGAGGGAAGAAUAAGACUACCCAACCUGAAAGAACCACCUCAACAGCUGAAAGAGUUGUACGAAGGAACCCACAGACUAGCAAGAUUGUUCCAGAGAUAUAUGCCAAGAUACAACUCUUGCAAUGCUUUCACGAGUCUUGGGUGCACACUGAAACCUAGAGAACUGAAGGGGAAAGGCCCACUAGUGUUUACAAUUCACGGAGAGCUCCGUCACCAAACAAGCACCCUUUUACCUGAAAAUGGCGAUCGAGCAACAUACUCUCAGCUGUACAUUUAUGAUCCAUCAGACGUUGUAUCUAAACGUAUGAAAGACAACCCAAUGCUAGAUAAGGAGGUUCCGUCGACGGAGAAGGAUGUCUAUGUUUCCCUACAGUGCAAGAGCGACAAGGAUAAGAGGCGCUAUAACCUUCCAACCAUAGAUGAGGUAUCCGUUAUUCUACCAGGAGAUGGGACUAUAAAAUCAGGAGUACGUGACAUUGUGCUGCAUCUGAAAGGAAGUCGCUAUCUAGAAAGAAUUAAUGAAUGCCAUCCGGCUUACUUGCCUCUGCAUUAUGUCCUUUUAUUCCCAUACGACGAGUUGAGUUGGGAGCCAGACAUGGUUCGUUGGAAUGUUGAACUCAAAAAACCAACAAAAGUACGAUUAAGCCAAAAGGAUUAUUAUGGCUAUAGACUGUUUCCAAGGGUGGGUGAAUAUUCAACAAUUCUGAGAGGCGGAAUGCUUUUACAGGAAUUUCUGGUGGACGCAUGGGCAGCAACCGAACAGAAUCGUCUUGAAUGGAUGAAACAUGGUCAACUAAAAUUGCAUGCUCAGAAUUACAAAAAAGUCUACAAGAUGGCCUCAUCCAACCAAAACCCUGCUGAAACAGGACUACCAUUGAUCUUGCCAUCUUCAUUCACAUGUGGCCCCCGAUAUAUGGACGAGAUAUACCAUGAUUCCAUGGCAAUCACCAGGUACAACCAUCACCCAGAUAUUUUUCUAACUAUGACAGCGAACCCCAAUUGGGAAGAAAUAAGGGGUUCUUUGUUCCAGCACCAGCAGCCAUACGAAAGGCCUGAUAUACUAGCUAGAGUGUUUGAGAUGAAGCGUAAGGCACUAAUGGAUGAGAUACAACAAAAUAAGGCAUUCGAGACAACGGUGACACAUGUAUACACAAUCGAGUUUCAGAAGAGAGGGUUGCCCCACAUGCACGCGUUGAUUUUCUUAGACACGGCUGAUAAGAUCCACACGCCAGAGAAGGUGGAUAAUAUAGUAUGCGCAGAAUUCCCGGAUGAGGUAGAUGAUCCUCUUCUCUUUGAGACCAUCCAAAAAUGUAUGGUGCAUGGACCGUGUGGUUCAAGGAAACCAGAUGCAUGA